GUUUGUUUUGAUUUUGUAACUUUAGUUAAUUUUAUCUUCCUGUUUAUUUGCUUCAUCUGUCCGAUUUUAUGUAGAAUUAUUAAAACCCGGAUUUCAUAGCUUCCGUAGAUCUGGCGUGCAGGCUGCUUGUUUCCACAUUAGCGGACCAGUGAAUCGCCACCGAGGAGAAUUACGAUGGAUCCUGACCAGCAGCUUAGAAACCUGCGGGAUUUCCUGCUGGUUUACAACCGCAUGACUGAGAUCUGCUUCCAGCGCUGCACAAGCAACUUCAACUACAGAAACCUCACAAUGGAUGAGGAGAGGUGCGUUGACAGCUGUGCUGGGAAGCUGAUCCGCACAAACCAUCGCUUGAUGGGCACCUAUGUGCAGCUGAUGCCUCGGAUGGUACAGCGGAGGAUGGAGGAGAUGGAGAGCAAGGCUGCAGUGAUGGCAAAGGCAACCGAGGCUGCUUCUGCAUCUGAGACCAUUGGAACUGCUCCAGCAGUUCAGACACCUAUAAAUCCACCUCCAUCUACUCAGAUUAUUCCAUCAAUGACUGAAGUAGCACCAGUAGGCCAUGAUUCAGCACUGAAGCCACCAGGGGUGGAAAUUCCAGCUGAUUCAGGAGGCAUUGGAAUAAGUUUAUCAGCUCCUACGCCGAUUACACCCACGACAGAAAAUGUAAAUAUCUCAGAGCUUAAAGAACCUGGACAAUCUUAGUUUCCAUAAACAGAUGGAUUUUCUUAGGCUGCUGUAUCUGGAAUCCAGAAUUACUCUGGGAGUCGUAAACAGUCAGUGAGCAAAAGAUGGGGCAAUAAGCAGGUCCUAGAGAAAAAACUUGGGGCUUGGCAGGUCAAGAGAGGCGUGAAUCACAUAAGUUUUAGUGAUCAGAGUGGAGGAUAUGUCCUCAAAAUCUAUCAACACCCCUGCUGUCUGAUAACGGCCCCAACAGUGGUUCUUCUUUUUUUUUUUGACUGGUAUGAACCUAAGAUUUUAUUUUGUUUCUUUUCUAUAAUAAAUGUAUACGAUAACUGUUUUCGGCUGCUGUCACACAAAUCGCAGCUGUUUCUAAGUUUAAAUUUUAAAUAGUUCAGAACAGAAGACAAAAAGUCAAAACUAAACUUAAAGGAAAGGUAAAGAUAGGUUCUCUGAUCCAAUUUUUUUCCACUACCCCAAAUUACUGCUUUAUUAGGAUAUUAUUUUACAAAUUAAAAGCCUGUUACUUUUGCAUUUUGCAAAGCUGAUGGCUAACUACAAAGAAAAUGGAGGUAGAAAGUAUUGUGCCACAAGUAACUCCUAUAUAAGCUACAUCUUAAGAAUAAAACAAGCUACUUGUUACUGGUAGAAAAAGAAAAACAACUGAAGCUGGAAUAUUAUUGACUAAUUAUAUAUUAUAAGGCCUUUUUAAUUAGGUAGUCAGUUAGUUUUCUGUAUGGUUCACACAGAAAGGUUAUUCGAAGGGCAAUGCUUCCUACCUCCAUGUUUAAUAUAAAAUAACUUGAUGGUUUAAAGUUCGGCAAUUGCUAUUACCUACUAUAAGCAUAUCCUAGCAAUAGAAAUCUGCUUUGGUCUCUGUUCCUGUUGGACUAGCUGUUAGCCUGAUGUGGAUUCAUAUUGAAGGAAAAACUUUUAACUGAACUUAACAUCUCACUUCUCACUUCAAAGCUGUUCCCUUUAAAUACGUCAUGUCUUUUGUCUGUUUUCAACAAUGUGGAAAUGUUUUGAUUUAAAACAAGAAAUGACAUAUAGUGCUAAAAUAAUGGUGGACUGUGGUGAUGUGCCUAAAAAAAA